AUGGCGUGUAAAGAGAAGUUUACCGUUGAGAUCCAGAAGUUAGCAGUGAAGGGUGGCAGGCUCAAAGAGAAGUUGGUUGUCCGAGUUGUGCUUGGGUACAAGGAAGUCUUGCGGACCAAGGAGAAGGCCGUAGCUGUCGUGGUGGACAAUGACAACUUUCAGUCAGUGCUUCUUGUGGAAGCAUGGUCAGUUGUAGACACUGCAGCCCUGAGCAAAGAGGUGAUUUCCCGAGUCGGGAAGGUGAUCUCCAGUGAGAACGCAAAGGUGGCAUCCAAAGGAAAGUCUUUGACGUGGCAUACUCGCAGCUUGAAGGUGUCCUUCGAUGUUCACACCGUUGUGAAGGAGGUGGAGGAUAGCGGCAAGCUACCCAAGGUCUUGCCCACAAUUGCCCUUGGAGACAUUUCUAUGCUCACUAACACCUGCUUGGUGUCGGUGAUUGCGGCCAUCCACGAGGCUGGCACCAUGACAGAGCCAGAAGUCUCACCUGGCAUGAAGAAGCCUGUGACAAACCUGAGGAUUUCCUUGCAUGACAAGGCUUGUCUGCAGCAUUCUGGGGACCAGAGCUUGCCAGUUGCAUGA